AGCCCUGGACACACACACUCUCCCACACACACUCACAGUCUGUCUGUCUGACAGUGUCGUCUUCCUCGCCCCCCUCUUCUCUUUCUCUCUCUCUGUCUUUAGGAAGGGGAAGAGGAAGUGGGGGGGGGGAGUAAGUAAGUGAGUCUUGAUGGCAUCAGCUCCUCCUCCUCCUCCUCUUUCCUUUUCAUACAUGUCAUUGCAACCCCCUCUUCUCUUCUCUCCUCUCCUCUCAUCUGUUGUCUCCCUCUUUCCUCUGUAGCUACCCCAGCUGUCUCAUCCUUCCUUCUUCACUCUCUGCUUCUUCUCCCUCACGCUUCUGGUAGCCGUUCGGGGUUGUGGUUCAGCAUUGCCCUCUCCUUCUUCCAUACGUAGUAGUAGUAGUAGUAGUAGUAGUGUCUUCUAGGUUUCUCUUUCUGCAUGUUAAGAGCCACCUUUGUAAAAGGCUUUAUUUUUAGUUUGAUACUCGAGACAGGUGGAAAAGAGAGACUGGGCGAUAUGUAGGUUGUAGUGGGUCGUAGGUGGGGUUAAAGUAGGGAGGAGCUGGGUGAUAAUUGUAAAUGGGUGUUGGUUUCGAGUGGGUAUUUUAGGUUAUGAUUCUGGUGCUUUCUUUCUUUUUGUUUGUUUGUUUAUUUGUUUUGUGUGGAGUGAGUUUGGGUAUAUGGGUGUUGUGUGUUGGAAUAGAUGGGAGGAUCCUUCGGAAAGGUAGUGUUGAUGAGGGCGGUGUGUGUCCCAUCAAUCGUGAGGGUGCUGAUGAGUUGUGGUGUCAUGAUCCGCAGCGUCUGCGAUGGUUGCUGAGGUUGUUGAAGCUUUAAGCAAUUCAUGUGCGUGACACAUGGAAUCUUUUGUGAAAGCUAUGGCAGGAGGUAAGUUUAGGCGGGCCGUUGCUUGCCUUUGGAGAGUGGUAUUGGUAGCGACGUUCUUGGGAGGUAUGGUAGCAGGGGAUCCAGCUGGAGAUAGAGCAGUGUUAUUGGAGUUUAAGGCAGGCAUAACGAACAGCGAUGUGCUUGGAUGGACGGAUCCCAAUCCGUGUUUGUGGAAUGCAAAGAUGGUUAAAUGCGACGCAGCUGGAAAUGUGGUGCAGCUUCGAGUACGGGAACUGGGGCUGACGGGUACAGUUACUCCCAAACUGAACAGUCUUUCGUCCCUUGAGUAUCUUGAACUCAACCUCAAUUUCUUCACCGGAGCCAUGCCCUCUCUCGCUGGGCUGUCCCGGUUGCAGUACGCUUAUCUUGAUGACAACAGCUUCACAUCCAUUCCUCCCGAUAUUUUCGACGGCUUGACCUCCAUCAUUGAGCUUCACGUUGAAAACAACGUAGACUUGAAUUCACCAGAUGGCUGGUCUAUCCCGGAGAGCAUUGCGUCUUUGAGCACUCUUUCCGUGCUCGCCGUUACCAAUGCUAGCGUCACAGGUCCUCUUCCUUCCUUUCUUGGCACCAUGCCGGCCCUCAAGACGCUGGAGGCCGCUUACAAUCGGCUUGAGGGUGGAAUCCCUGACUCUUUCCAGAAAUCCAGCAUAACAACUCUCAAACUUAACAAUCAGGGUAUGAAUGGCAGCAUCGCCGCCAUUGGUGGCAUGACCGGCGCUCGAAUCCUGUGGGUGCACGUUAACAAAAUGACUGGUCCGGUGCCGGCUGGGCUGGAAGGCGCCGCGGGUCUGACAAGUCUCCGCAUCAACGACAACCAGCUCGUAGGAAGGCUACCACCUGGUCUUGCCAGCAUUCCUUCUUUAUCCGAAUGCCUGAUGAAAAACAACCAUCUUUCGGGUGAAUCUCCUGCUUUCCAGCCCGGUGUGUUGACCAAUUCUGAUGCUGACACCUUCUGCGGCGCAGCAGGAGUGCCAUGUUCGGCCAAAGUGAACUAUCUGUUAGACUUCUUGGAAGCAGCAGGAUACCCUCAACAAGUGGCUGUAUCAUGGGUUGGUCCAGAUCCUUGUACAGGACCGUGGAUUGGUGUUGCCUGCGAUCCAACUUCUGGUGAAAUUGUUUCAAUCACUCUUCCGAAUUACAAACUGACGGGCACUAUCUCGCCGUCUCUUGGCAAUUUGACCUACUUGAGGUCUUUAAAUCUGGCUACAAACGCCCUCACUGGGACGGUUCCUUCAGAGUUGACCAAGAUUCCAUCCCUCACAAGCGUGGAUGUCAGUGAUAACAAUCUAUCCGCUCCCUUGCCUCUGUUUCCCUCAAGUGUAACAUUUAAAUAUGCCGGCAAUCCUCUCAUUGUGGGGGCAAUGCAACCCCCAGUUGCUGGAACUCCACCAGCUCCGCAAACCCCGACUGCACCAACUCCGGGUGCGAAUCCCACCCCUGCCGGAGUGAUCCCACCCUCCGGAAACGGAACAACUGCAGGGCCGAUCUCGCACAAAUCCAUGUCUGUAGUAUUGGUUGUAGUAGUGGUCGCUGCUGGGAUAGUAACGGCCGUGGCUGCUGCCAUUAUAAUCUUCUUUUUGGUGAAAAGGAAGAAGAAGAAAUUACAAGCUGUGAAUGGGAUGUCUGUAUAUCCUCGAGUGGACUCCGGAUCCGAUCGCGAUUUGAAGGUUAUGGAGAGUAACAACAGCAGCGCUAGUCAUCAAGCUACUGUGAGCUCAUAUGGAACUUUGAGUGGCGCAGGGGAUAGUCUCCAAAGCAGCAGCCCUUCAGUUGACCAUCAGGCUUUGGAGCAGGGCAACAUGUUCAUGUCUAUCGAAGUGCUUAGGGCGGUCACAAACAACUUUUCGGAGGACAAUAUCCUCGGUCGGGGAGGGUUUGGGGUAGUUUACAGAGGAGAACUCCAAGAUGGGACACAAAUUGCCGUGAAAAGAAUGCAAGCAGGUGUAGUCAGCAACAAAGGCUUGUGUGAAUUUCAAUCGGAAAUUACAGUCUUGACAAAAGUGAAACAUCGGCAUCUAGUGGGUCUGUUAGGUUAUUGUGCGAAUGGCAAUGAAAGGCUUCUCGUUUAUGAGUACAUGCCGCAGGGCACACUAGCUCAGCAUCUCUUUGAAUAUCGGCAGUUGCAAGAGAAGCCGCUUUCCUGGAUGAUGAGAUUGAGCAUUGGUCUGGAUGUAGCUCGAGGUUUGGAAUAUCUCCAUAAUUUAGCGCACAGGAGCUUCAUUCACAGGGAUUUGAAACCUUCGAAUAUACUAUUAACGGAAGACUUCCGAGCAAAAGUGUCGGACUUUGGUCUAGUCAAACUAGCUCCAGAAGGAAAUUACUCUGUGGAGACGAGGCUAGCAGGAACGUUUGGUUACUUGGCUCCUGAAUAUGCAGUUACUGGCAGAGUUACGACCAAGGCGGACGUUUUCAGUUUCGGGGUAGUUUUGAUGGAGCUUAUAACAGGUCGUCGAGCUCUAGAUGAGACUCAGGCAGAGGAGAACGUGCAUCUGGUGACGUGGUUUCAGCGUAUGAUGCACGUGAACAAGGAUAAUCUCCGUUCCGCGGUUGACCCUACCAUCGACGCAGGGGACGACGACACUUACAAGACCAUCUGCACUGUUGCAGAGCUUGCAGGCUACUGCACUUCUCGUGAGCCAAGCUCACGUCCUGACAUGAGCUAUGCAGUUAGCGUGCUCACGCCGUUAGUGGAGCAAUGGAAGCCCACGUUCCAUGGACACGAUGGGGCAUGUAAUUCUAGUGAAGACUUGGAGCUCUCUCUACCCCAAGCUUUGAAGCAGUGGCAGGAGUACGAAGGCGAUUCAACUAUGAGCCAACGCUUAGACGACACGAAGGGUAGUAUUCCUGUUCGACCAGUGGGCUUUGCAGACUCCUUCACCUCGACAGAUGGUCGAUAAUGCAGUUCUUCUCCUCCGUAUUCAAAUCUUGGAUUGCCCCCUCCCUUGUACCGACAAGUGCUUUCCGAUGAACGAAUGUGGAGAACCGGCAAUUAGUGCAAAAUCAGCCGAGCUAAUUUUGCGAACCGGUGAUUCAAGAUUGAAUUAUUAGGGAGGAAACUCAAUGUAUUCUCUUAAAUAAAAAACUAAAAGCAGUAAAAUCCGGAGCAACAAUCGAGACAUAGCGACGGACUGCCAGUUGAUUAUGGGAAAGCAAAGGAUCUUAGCUGAAUUCACCUAAAUUUUUUCCAGUCCCUUGCUUCCGCUACGCGACGGCUCAUAGGAUCCGCAGACCAACCACAGACCUCCAACGCCUAGCAAAAACUUACAGGUCCCCACGUCGACUGAUAUGCUCGGAGAACGUGGGAUGGAAUGAAAAUAAAUCCCAUUGACAGGACCACAACCUUAUUCGUCGUCCUAGACCUCGUUCAGGAGUUAGGUCUGCUGAUGAAGGCUCAAAUCAGCCAGGUUUUUUCGCGGGUACCCUGGCACUUAACGAAGGCGAUACAACCAUGUAAUUGUCUAAUGUUCACAGUGAUGCAUUUCGGGGAGCCCUCGGUUUUGGCAACUUCCGAACACUUUGUAUAUAUACACUCUCUAGUUGAUACCGUUGUACCCCUCUCCCUCCUUAAAUGUUAGUCUCAGGAAAACACAUAAAAGUAACCUUUUUCUUUGUUUUAGGAUAUCUUAAAUUGCAGUUUUACGUGGCUGUUAAAAAAAAAAGAUGGAAUAAAAUUCAAAAUUGCAUACUACA